AUGGAUUCCUUCGUAUACAACGCCAACCCUGGGCGAGUUGUCUUCGGCUCAGGGACCUUGAAACAACUCCCAGAGGAAGUCUCGCGACUCAAUCUCACUGCUCCUCUCCUCCUAUCCACCCCUCAACAAAUCAGUCAAGCCGAGCAGCUGAAAGAAAUCCUCAAUGGCAAGAUCGCAGGCAUCUUCACCGAAGCCACCAUGCACACCCCCACCGACAUCACGGAAAAAGCUUUACAGUACGCCAAAGAAACAAAAGCAGACGCAGUCGUCUCCAUCGGUGGUGGAAGUACUAUCGGUCUGGGUAAGGCGAUUAGUAUUCGUACUGGACUGCCGCAUAUUUGUAUUCCUACGACGUAUGCGGGCAGUGAGAUGACGCCUAUUCUGGGGGAGACGGCGGAUGGGGUGAAGAAGACGAGAUCCGAUCCGAAGAUUCUCCCCGGGACGGUGAUUUACGACGUUGAUUUGACCAUGACCCUCCCCGCAGCGAUGAGUGCUACUAGUGGAGUCAAUGCCAUUGCUCAUGCUGUGGAAGCACUCUAUGCACGCAAUACGAACCCUAUCAUCAACCUCCUUGCCCUAGAAGGCACGAAAGCCCUGGCAUCCUCCCUCCCGGAAAUAGUGGAGAACCCCUCUUCACCCUCAGCACGCUCUCAGGCUUUGUAUGGAGCAUGGCUAUGCGGUACCUGUCUAGGCAGCGUCGGAAUGUCCAUUCACCACAAACUCUGCCACACGCUAGGAGGCAGCUUCAAUCUCCCACACGCCGAAACACAUACCGCCGUGCUUCCGCACGCCAUCUCAUACAAUGCGCCUCGCAUUCCGGAGGCAAUGAAGAAAUUGGCCGAGGCCCUGCCAGAGAGUAAUGGAGAUGCUAUCCAUGGUCUCAACGUGCUUUUGUCCAAGCUGAAAGUGAAAAGGGGCCUAAAGGACUUUGGCAUGAAGGAGGAGGAUAUUGAUAAGGCCGCUGAUAUCGCGGUUAGUAACCCUUACUGGAACCCGAGGGAGAUUGAGAGAGAGCCUAUCCGCGAGUUGAUUCGUAGAGUGUGGGCUGGAGAGCCGGCGAAGGCUGAUUUGUAA